CCGGGGGCGCUCGCCAUGGCAGAGGCGGGCGCUGAGGAGACCGGCGGCGGCGGCGGCGGCAGCAGCCAAGAGCUGAGGGCAGCAGCGGUGGCCGGCGCAGAUAAUUUUCAGAUGGAAGGAAACCAGUGUGUUGCCUCUGCAUUCUCAAGCCUUAUGACUCCUAUAGCUCAGCCUGUCACUGCCAACUCAAGUAAUACAUUUGGGGUGGACUUUCCAAGAAAACGCAAAGGAAGUGAUUCUGAUAACCAGUAUGCAUGUGAUAUUGAUGAUCUCCAAAGCAGGGAGGCUCAUAGCCAAACAGAGAAACGAAGAAGAGACAAAAUGAAUAACCUCAUAGAAGAACUAUCUGCUAUGAUACCUCAGUGCAAUCCAGUGGCCCGUAAAGUGGAUAAACUCACAGUAUUAAGAAUGACUGUGCAGCACUUAAAGUCAUUGAAAAGUUCUUCUAAUUCUUACUCAGAAAUCCGCUACAAGCCUUUUUUUUUACAAGAUGAUGAACUUCAACACUUACUUCUUAAGGCUGCUGAUGGGUUCCUCUUUGUGGUUGGAUGUGACAGAGGGAAAAUCCUGUUUGUUUCAGAAUCUGUUUUCAAGAUCCUUAACUACAACCCAACGAGUUUGAUUGGGCAAAGUCUUUUUGACUAUCUUCAUCCAAAGGAUGUUGCCAAAGUGAAGGAGCAACUUUCAUCUUCAGAUGCUUCUCCCAGAGAAAAGCUAAUAGACACCAAAACCGGUUUGCAAGUUCACACAGAUUUUCAAGCUGGGUCAUCAUGUCGUCUGUAUUCUGGUGCUCGCCGUUCAUUUUUUUGUCGAAUAAAGUGUAUAAAAACCACAGUGAAUGAAGAAAAUGAGUCCUUGCCAAACUCAAAGACAAAAGAUCUUAAAAAGUACUGUACUGUUCAUUGCACCGGGUAUCUGAAGAGCUGGCCUCCUAAUGAAGUGGGAGCUGAAGAGGAGAGUGAUGCUGAAAAAGACAGCAGUAACUUUAACUGCCUUGUUGCAAUUGGGCGAUUACACACUUGCACUGUUCCACAAAAAAUUGGUGAGAUAAAAGUCAAGCCAACAGAAUUUGUAGCACGUUUUGCCAUGGAUGGAAAAUUUGUUUUUGUAGACCAGCGUGCAACAGUUAUUUUGGGAUACUUACCACAAGAGCUUCUAGGAACUUCAUGUUAUGAGUACUUCCACCAAGAUGAUUACAGCCAUCUAACAGAGAAACACAAAGCAGUGCUUCAGAGCAAAGAAAAGAUAUUCACAAACUUCUACAAAUUCAGAGCAAAAGAUGGCUCUUUUGUCACGUUAAAAAGUCAGUGGUUUAGUUUCAUAAAUCCAUGGACCAAAGAACUGGAGUACAUUGUGUCAGUCAACACAGUUGUUUCAGAUCAUAAUGAAUCAGAUGAGGAGGCACUGUUACCCUGCAACUCCCUGUCUACAGAAGAUACAGCAAAGCCACAAUUUCUUGGUGUACCAGGGAUGUCUACAGGAACUGUACUUGGGGCUGGAAGCAUAGGAACUGAGAUUGCAAAUGAAGUCUUAGAUUUACAAAGGUUACAUACAUCUCCAUCUUCUGGCGAGUUAAGUCCAUCAGAUCUUAUGAGGAAGUCUUCUUCCCCAGUAGACUGUAGUGAUGUGCCAAAGAGAGACAUUCUUCAGCUGUGUCCUUCAGGAAUAUUAGAUGUGGAAACCUCAGGGCAACACCAGGACACUAUUCCACUCCCCAGCAACAAACCUCUUCUCAGUGAUGCUUCUCAACUGGAUUUUAAUGCAGUUUGUGAAAAUGAGACUGCAAUGGCUGCUCUUAUGAAUUACUUGGAAGCUGAAGGAGGUCUGGGCAAUCCAGCAGAGCUCAGUGACAUGCAGUGGACUCUUUAGUAUUACAUAGCUAAGAAGGAAUUUAAGCUACUUUGAUGAACAAAAUAAUAAUCUGUUCUCAAGUACUGUACUAGUACCUUUUAAGACUUUAAUUCAGAUUUACAAUAUCUAUAUUUUAAAAUGACUUUGGCCUUAUUCUCAGUCAUUUUGGCUGCAUAUGUUAAAAACGUGUGAUUUU